AUGUCACCUUAUUCUCAUAAUUCAUCAUCUAACAAUAUCCAUAAUAAUAGUGCUUCAGCAGCAGCAAAUCAGUCUAAUAACAGUAAUAGCAAUAUAUCUUCUUCAAAAAGAAACAUUAGAAAGCCUGUACCACAAGGUCCAGGACCAAAUCAAGAACCAAAAGAAUAUUUUGAAAAUUCUAGAACAAAACUUUUGAUAGGACAUACAAAAACUGUAAGAACAGUUGCUUGGAAUUGUGAUGGUAGAAAGCUUGCUAGUGGUUCUGUAGAUAAAACAGUUAGGCUUUGGGAAGCCGAUCAGGAAGAUAUAAAGUAUUCAGUUAAAUUAUUUAUUCAAACACCUUAUACUGCUAUUACUACAACUCCAACUACAACUACCAUCGCUAAUGAUAAUCUAUCACCCUUAUCAACAAACCCUUCUUAUUAUUCAAAUAUUUUAAACUCUGUUAGAUUAGAAGAUUAUCAAGAUGAUGAUAAUUUAUCAAAUAUAACAUGGCCGCCACCUUCCAGAAAAGUAAUGUUAGAUUUGCUUAAAGGAUUAAACAAAGAUUUAAACGAUGCUUCCACCACCAAACAUAAUUCGUCACCAUCGUCACCACAUUUUGAUCUUUUGGUAAUUGGUGGCGGUGCAACCGGUAGUGGUGUAGCGCUUGAUGCUGCUACCAGAGGAUUGAAGGUAGCAUUGGUAGAAAGAGAUGAUUUUGCAUCUGGUACUUCAUCUCGUUCAACUAAACUUGUACAUGGUGGUGUAAGAUAUUUGGAAAAGGCAUUUAAAGAAUUAGAUUAUGGACAGUAUAAACUUGUUAAAGAAGCACUUCAUGAACGUGCAAAUUUUUUUAAUGUUGCUCCUUACCUAUGUUUUCAAUUACCUAUCAUGUUGCCAAUUUACAAAUGGUGGCAAGUCCCUUAUUAUUGGAUUGGAUCAAAAACGUAUGAUUUACUUGCAGGCAAAGAAGGAGUAGAAAAUUCAUAUUUUCUAACAUGUGGUAAAGCACUUGAUGCUUUUCCUAUGCUAAAUAACGACAAACUUGUUGGUGCAAUGGUUUAUUAUGAUGGUUAG